GCCAAUGGCCCGGCUUCGCGCGAGAAUUCGAAUUCUUUUCGAAAUCAUUAAAAAUCAGAAAGGUGGGCGUGCGCGCAGGUAAAAUAGUUCGGCGAAGUGGCGCUUCCCGGAGGCUGUUCAGGGAUUAGUUGUUAAAGUCUUGCGGGGGAGCGGAAGGAUAUCUCAGAGUGUGAGAGGAAAGAAACUAGCUAGCUGCUUUCACCUAGGCGCUUUGCGCCUGCGCAGAGUAAUUGCUACAGAGUCUCUGGAAACGGACGUGUCACGGUACUUGGAGGUCCGGCUGCUUCGUUCUGCUUCCUGCAGUUAAUGGACUAAACGGAGGGGGGAUCAAAACUUCAGUUUACAGGUAAGAUUGCCUUGUUGGACGAUGCCUCUUUUUGGGGAAAUUGUUGUGAUUAAAAGGAAUGGCACCGAUGGGACCCAUUUUCCACUUACUGCAACUUCUUGUCUAUUUGGAAGGAAAUCAGAAUGCGAUAUCCGUAUUCAGCUGCCACAUGUCUCCAAAGAGCAUUGCAAAGUUGAAGUUAAAGCAAACAAAGAGGUCUUUGUCAUCAACAUAAGUGCCGUCAACCCAACGCAGUUAAAUGGAAUAGCAAUUCAGCAACCUGAGCUUCUCAAACAUGGAGAUAUAAUUACUAUUAUUGAUCGUUCUUUUAGGUUUGAACAACCACCGACGAACCCUCACAGACAAUCCACAGGGGGAAAUUCCUUAAGCAGCAAGUUGGUUGAAGAUGAGCCAUCAUCAAUCAAAGGUAAAGCGAGUAAGCUCACUCGGAAAUCAGAAGGAAAUGUCUCUAGAACCACCCACACACGCCUCUCUCUCCCAAUAUCGCCCCAUAGACGUUCUUCAAGAGAGAAGAAAGAUUUGUCACCAUUUGGUGAACUGUAUGAGAUGCUUAAAAAUAAAGUUCACUUAAAACAAGAGCAUGCAAAAACGCCAGCAAAGCAGAUCAUGGAGAAUGGAGAUUGUAUUUUUACUCCUGUUACAACUAGACGAAGCCUUGGAAACGUUAAGGGAACACGGGAAUCGAGCCUCAAUAACACCUUGCAGUUUGAAAGUCAGGAACUUCAUGUUGAAUCAGCAACACUGUCUGAGAAAACUGCCAGUGCAUUGAAAAGUCCAUCCAGAGGGCGUCCGUCCACAAAACUAAAGCAACAAAGGCUUAGUGGUAAGAGAGAUUCUCCUGCCAAAUCUGUUUCUGAGCUGCCUCAUGAAGAAAUCUCAAUCAGCUUUCAAGAUAAUGGACAAAAACAGCCUAAUGACAAGCUAACUCCACGUCGUAGACGGAGUACUUCCAAAGAACAGACACCUGUAAAAUCUGGAGUCUCUGUUUUACCUCUGUCAAGAAACAGGUCUCCUAGAUCUGCAUCUCCCAAGGACUUACACGUAAACGCUCAAGUCUCAAAACCACCGCAAAAACGAAGAAGUUCUGAGCUUGAAUUACCUGAGCCGACUCCAAAAAGAAAAAGGGUCUCAUUUGGAGGGCAUCUUAGUCCAGAGUUUUUUGAUAAAAGGCUUCCUCCAAACUCUCCUCUUCAAAGAGGUGCAACACCUUCAAGACGAAGUUUAUCACUUGCUGCAACUCGUGUUAUUCGAAAGAGCUUUGGUGGUUUCAAACAAGCUGUGAUUAAGGAAACUUUUGAACCGGCCAAGCGGUCUCCUGGCAAGGCCUCCCCGGCCAAGCGGUCUCCUGGCAAGGCAUCCCCGGCCAAGCGGUCUCCUGCCAAGGCAUCCCCGGCCAAGAUGACCCCAGCCAAGCGGUCUCCUGCCAAGGCAUCCCCGGCCAAGAUGACCCCAGCCAAGCGGUCUCCUGCCAAGGCAUCCCCGGCGAAGAUUACCCCAGCCAAACGUUCUCCUGCCAAGGCAUCCCCGGCCAAGAUUACCCCAGCCAAACGUUCUCCUGCCAAGGCAUCCCCGGCCAAGAUUACCCCAGCCAAACGUUCUCCUGCCAAGGCAUCCCCAGCAAAGAUGACCCCAGCCAAGCGGUCUCCUGCCAAGGCAUCCCCGGCCAAGAUGACCCUAGCCAAACGGUCUCCUGCUAAGAUGACCCUAGCCAAGCAGUCUCCUGCCAAGGCAUCCCCGGCCAAGAUGACCCCAGCCAAGCGGUCUCCUGCCAAGAUGACCCCAGCCAAGCGGUCUCCUGCCAAGAUGACCCCAGCCAAGCGGUCUCCUGCCAAGAUGACCCCAGCCAAGCGGUCUCCGGCCAAGAUGACCCCAGCCAAGCGGUCUCCGGCCAAGAUGACCCCAGCCAAGCGGUCUCCGGCCAAGAUGACCCCAGCCAAGCGGUCUCCGGCCAAGAUGACCCCAGCCAAGCGGUCUCCGGCCAAGAUGACCCCAGCCAAGCGGUCUCCGGCCAAGAUGACCCCAGCCAAGCGGUCUCCGGCCAAGAUGACCCCAGCCAAGAUGACCCCAGCCAAGCGGUCUCCGGCCAAGAUGACCCCAGCCAAGCGGUCUCCGGCCAAGAUGACCCCAGCCAAGCGGUCUCCGGCCAAGAUGACCCCAGCCAAGCGGUCUCCGGCCAAGAUGACCCCAGCCAAGCGGUCUCCGGCCAGGGCAUCCCCAGCCAAGCGGUCUCCGGCCAGGGCAUCCCCAGUCAAGCGGUCUCCUGCCAGGGCAUCCCCGGCUAAGAUGACCCCAGCCAAGCGGUCUCCUGCCAAUGUUAAAGCAGCCAAACGAUCUUCUGCAAAGAUGACCCCGGCAAAGUUCUCACCAGCCAAGCGAUCCCCGGCCAAGGUUACACCUGCCAAGAAGUCUCCUGCUACUAUUUAUUCAAAAGGACGUUUCUCAAUUUCACAAACUGAUACACCACCUUUAAAUUAUGUCCAUGUUCCUAACACUGAGGAAAAUGAACUGUCUGCCCAAACACCAAGGAAAUCGCGGAAGUCAAUAUCCUUAAAGAAAACACCAGGAAGAAGGAGUAGAAAACUUGAAACUUUUGAAAUUCUGCGUUCCAGGCGAAGAAGUGGGGCAACUGAAGCUAAUUUGCUUGUUGCAAAAUCAUGGGCUGAUGUUGUACGAAUUGGUGUUCCAAAAAAUCACAAGAAAUCUGAAAAGCAAGCUCACAAAGCAGUACCUACCAAGAGAAAACAAAAACCAAAGACUCCAGCACGUAGAUUUAUUGACCGCAGUGGUACAGGACAUGCAGAUUCUCCUGCCACAAUCCUUGUUGGAAGAGCUCAUACAAGAACGGUCAACCCAACUGGAUAUGUUCCUAAAAUUGUGCAAAACCAAGCUAUUAAAAUCAUUAAUGACCAAAAUGAAAGCUUCACAGGUAUGAGUGAGCUGUUUAAUACACCUGCACAGGUUAAACCAAGAAAAAGUGGUCGCUCGGGUGGCCUUCAGGUGAACACUCCACAAGCUCUAAUUGUUGAUGUGUCUCUGAUGCAGACUCCAGAGGAGUUAGGUGAAAUGGUUGUUUCUCCAAUAAAUGGCAGCCCUUCUACAACACGUAAGAAACAAUACAGUCGUGAUGCAGUCUCCCGUCUUCUAAGAAGUCCUGUGUCCCCGGCAUCUCCCAAAGGGAUCGAGAAGAUAUCUGAAACUUCCAAAGACUCAGAACUGAUUGAAAAGGAGACUGCAACAUUAAAUGGAAACCACUCUGUAAAAGGGGGAGCAAAGCCAGAAAAGAAAAAGAGAGAAACCAUGGGUUUGACUGGUGUGAAAAGGAUUAUGAGAACACCAAAACAAAAAGGAAAGCAAGUUAUUGAUCCUGUGGCAUUAAAGAAAAUGUUGAGAACACCGAAACAAACACAGGAUAUGGUUGGCAUUAAGUGUAUUUUGAAGACUCCUAAACAGAAGGGGAUGCCUGUUGAGGAUAUGGCAGGCAUUAAGCGCAUUAUGAGGACACCCAAGGUUAAAGGAAACCCAGUAGAAGAUAUGACCGGAAUCAAACACAUUAUGAAAACCCCCAAGGAGAAAGGGCAACCCGUGGAGGACAUGGUGGGAGUCAAGCGUAUAAUGAGAACCCCCAAGAUAAAAGGGCAACCCGUGGAGGACAUGGUGGGAAUCAAACGUAUAAUGAGAACACCAAAGGAGAAAGGGCAACCAGUGGAGGACAUGGAAGGUUUAAGUCAGCUUAUGAGCACCCCAACAGAAAAUACUCGCCCAAUAGAAGAAAUAUUUGGAAUGAAACAACUAAUAAAGACUCCUCCAAAGACAACACUUGUUGUUAGAGAGCGUGCAUCUGGUACACCUCCACAUUCAAGCAAAAAGGCUGCUCUGUUUCAAACAAAUCAAACAUCCGCACCAGAAGAAGCAUUACCAAAACAUACAACGGAGACAAAUAAUGGUGAUGUUUCCUUACAAAUUGACAGUGAAACUGGAAAAUCUGAAAAGGCCAAAAGAAGAGGUCGACCUUCCAGGGCCAGUCUGAAUGUUGCAUUAGAUGGUGGGAAGUCUGUUGAAAACAAUAGCACCUCUGCACAAGAAAUAAAUAUGGAAGAAGCAUCUCCCCUACAUGUACUUGCCACUGAAGAUACUUCAUCCACGGGCGCUGAUAAAGCCACUCCAGCCAAAGGUAGAGGUCGUCCAUCCAAGGGCAGUAUGAGCAAGUCACCAGCAUCUGCUAAUAGAGAUAGUGAGAAGAAUAGCACAUCAUCAGCUCUUGAACAUCAUGUGGAAGAAAGCAGCAAAGAAUCAUCUCUACAGGCAUCUACCACAGAAGGUGCUUCAUCCAUAAAUACUGAUAACGCCACUCCAGCCAAGCGAAGAGGUCGUCCAUCCAAACGCAGUUUGAGUCAUUCACCAGUUCAAACUAUUCAAACAUCAGCACCAGAAGAAGCCUUACCAAAACAUACAAUGGAGACAAAUAAUGGUGAGGUUUCGUUACAAAUUGACAGUGAAACUGGAAAAUCUGAAACAGCCAAAAGAAGAGGUCGACCUUCCAGGGCCAGUCUGAAUGUUGCAUUAGAUGGUGGGAAGUCUGUUGAAAACAAAAACACUUCUGCACAAGAAAUAAAUAUGGAAGAAGCAUCUCCUCUACAUGUACUUGCCACUGCAGAUACAUCCACGGGCACUGAUAAAGCCACUCCAGCCAAAAGUAGAGGUCGUCCAUCCAAGGGCAGUAUGAGCAAGUCACCAGCAUCUGGUAAUAGAGAUGGUGGGAAGUCUGUUGAAAACAAUAGCACUUCUGCACAAGAAAUAAAUAUGGAAGAAGCAUCUCCUCUACAUGUACUUGCCACUGAAGAUACUUCAUCCCCGGGCACUGAUAAAGCCACUCCACCCAAAGGUAGAGGUCGUCCAUCCAAGGGCAGUAUGAGCAAGUCACCAGCAUCUGGUAAUGGAGAUAGUGAGAAGUCUGAAAAGAAUAGCACAUCAUCAGCUCUUGAAAAUCAUGUGGAAGAAAGCAGCAAAGAAGCUUCUCUACAGGCAUCUACCACAGAAGGUGCUUCAUCCACAGAUGCUGAUAAAACCACUCCAGCAAAGAGAAGAGGUCGUCCAUCCAAACACAGUUUGAGUCAUUCACCAGAUGGUGGGAAGUCUGUUGAAAACAAUAGCACCUCUGCACAAGAAAUAAAUAUGGAAGAAGGAGCUCCUCUACAUGUACUUGCCACUGAAGAUUCUUCAUCCACGGGCACUGAUAAAGCCACUCCAGCCAAAAGAAGAGGUCGUCCAUCCAAGGGCAGUAUGAGCAAGUCACCAGCAUCUGCUAAUAGAGAUAGUGAGAAGUCUGAAAAGAAAAGCACAUCAUCAGCUCUUGAAAAUCAUGUGGAAGAAAGCAGCAAAGAAGCUUCUCUACAGGCAUCUACCACUGAAGGUGCAUCAUCCACAGAUGCUGAUAAAACCACUCCAGCAAAGAGAAGAGGUCGUCCAUCCAAAAGCAGUUUGAGUCAUUCACCAGUGAAACCUGCUGUAGAUGUUCCAGAAGACCUAAGUACCAGCAAUGAGGAUUCUAAUAUUUCUGAACUAUCAAGUGAUAUCAGAACAGACCAACAGAAAAAUGUUUUACCUAAUGGAGCAAAAAAAGCAACUAAGAAAUCUCAGAGAAAGAAUACAGUUACAAAGGAAACUGUCCAAAUAGCAGCAGUGCUGCAAUCGGAACCUUUGGAAAACUUGGUUGUUGAAAAUGAUGAAAAGUCUGCUCCCCAAAGGCGACGAGGAAGACCUCAAAAGGGUGGUGCACUUUCAUCUGCCACUGAAGUUUCAGAUGGAGUGUUAGCAGAAGAACUAACAACAAACAGACGAACUGGCAGAGGCCGAAAGAUAGCAGAAGCGGCAAAACUGCAAGAGGGUUUGGAAGUCUGUACAAGUGCUGCAGAAUCUCAAGUGGAAGUAAAAAAUGAGGAACUCUCGUCAGCUAAGAGUUUGUCUAAAUCUAGCAGUCCAAUAAAAGCUGUACCUGAAGACUCUACAACAACUAAGAAGCUACGUGGAAGGCAGCCUAAAGUGGGCAGAGAACGGAAAGCUGUUGCAGAGAAACUGCUUACAGAACUGCCAGGAGAUUCAGCUUUAGUUAACAAUGUAACUCCAUCUGUGAGAAGAGGUAGACGAGCAAGAGGCACUGCAAACUCUGUGACUGAAACAGUCAUAAUUGAAACAAAUUUACCUGACUUGGCAGACACAGUAGUUUUGCAUGAAGAGCAAGAAAGUUCCAGUCAUACCUCUCCAGAAGCAAAAACCCAAAGAGGAAAUCGAAAAAAUCUCAAAAGUGCUGUUGAUUCUGUAAAGAACUCUGCUCAAACAGAUGUAACAAUAGAAUUAAAAGAAAGAGCUGGCAAAAGACCUACACGUGGUGCAAGAGGCACUCAGCAGGUUGAGGAGCUUAAAGAACUAAAAGGAAAAAAAGCAGAUUACCAUAUUCCCAAGAAUGCUGAACCAGUUCUUUUAGAGGAGACUCUAGCUAAAGAGAAGGCAUCUAAGGCAAAAUCUGUGCAAUGGCACCCUCUGCUGGCUGCUCAGGAAACUGCUGAAAAGCAUACGGAGGAGACUGUUAAGAAUCUUGCAGAUGAAGAAGCACUGGUUAGUGCAAUUAAAUCAAGAGGAAGAAGGAGGCAAGAAGUAAAAGAAACAGUAGUUCCAGCAAAACGAUCACGUUCAAGAAAGGAGGAAAAAAGUGUUGAUACAUUAAAUUCAAGUAGUGUUGCAGUUGAUGAGAAAUCUCUUGCUUUGGUUGCCAGUGACAAAAAUGAAAUGUCUAAGACUAAGAGAGGGCGGAGGCAAGCAACCAUUCAGUUAAAGAAAAUUACUGAUCCAGAUCUUCCAGUGGCAGAAGUGAAAAAUAAUUCAGAUGUUUCCUCUAAACAAGAUCUUGAACCUGAAAUUGUAAGUGACAAGCCUUUAAACAGAAGAAACACAGGUAAAAGAAAUCUUAAGUCUUCAUCUGACUCUGAUUCUGGCAGUAAUGCGAUUGAACCAGCAUUGGAGACAAUGACACAAAAGCGUGGACGAAGAGGAGCAGCAGCCAAAAUUUCUGACUCUGAGAAUACAGAAGUUAAAACUGUUGAGUCUGCUGAAAACCUCCCUUCAAGUAAAAGAAGGGGCAGAGCUCCAAAUAAAAAAAACAUGCCUGAAAUUAGCAACGUUGCUGCUGAACCUGCUGAAAGUCCAGAAAAUGUGGCUGAAAUUGAAAAUACUGAAAAAAUAGAAAGCCCCCCUAAAUCAAGAAGAGUCUUGAAAAGAAAGGCAGCCACCACUGAUGUUUCAGAAGGCAACACAUCAGUAAGUGAAAAGGAAGCCCCUGCUCCUGUUAGGGGAAGCACAAGAGGAGCUUCAAGGCAAAAAUCUGCAGCAAAAGAGAAACCUGUGGUUGUUGAAGAAUCACCAGCAAAGAGAAAGAAAGCAGUGCCAUCUUCCAGUCCAACCCAGAAAAGAGGAAAAACCAAAGCCACUGCAGUGAAACGGCAAAAUGAGAAGCCCGCCGAAGUUGUAAAGACGAGACCAACAUUGCGCACACGGAAAUAGGCCUAAAUGGUUCCAUACAUUUAAUUCCUGCCAAACUUAAAGUAUCGUCCGAUAACUGGAUUCAAAUCCCCUGAAUGAUUUUAUGUAAUUUUAAAUAUUUCUGUAGCGCUGCAUUUGUUUCUGGAAAAAAAAUUGUACAUUUUAUAUUUUUUAUUCUGUACAUUUUAUAUCUUUAUUUUGACAAAGUUUAAAGCUUUACAUUUCAGGCAGCUGUGGCUUAUUGCAUGACAAAAUGUCACUUUUAUUCAUUGAGUGUUUUUAUGCGAUGUUUUAGAUUGUUGUAAGUCAUGCUGAAUAAACAGGCCAGCCCCUUUCUUAAUCUAGGUCUUAAUAUUUGUGGUUAAUAAAAAGUGAUUCGAAUUCACUGUAGUGAUCGAUUUUACUUAUUCCCUUGUGGAUAUUGUUAAAGUCUUUGACUUUACAUUUGGAUUAAAUCUCCAAAAUUCACAUUCAAGUCUUAAUCCUGCAUCAUCAUCAGAAUGUUGUACAGUUUGUAGUCGAUGUAAUGAUUCUUGAUUUGUGCAUUUUGUGGUCAUUAGGCUGUUAAUAUUCAUAACUGUUUAAGGAUCAAAUUCAUUUAAGAUUCUGUACUAUUGUUGAACAUUUGUAAUGCACUUUUUUUUUUUAAUAUUUAAAAUUGUCAGAUCAAAUCUCCUUAACCAUGUGGGGUUAUUUAAAAAAAAAAAAAAAAGUGUAGUUCUUCUGUUUAUUAUUUGGAAAGUUUUAGUUUAAUUUUGCAUGGUCAGUGAUUAUUAUGACCAUAUCACUAUUUUAUAAUGGUGAACUGAGCAACAAGAACGUCCAUAUACCAUUUAAACAUAUCAUUUAAAUUUGUGGCUCACUAAAUUCACCAAGAUUUUAAAAAAAGUGUGUAGUUUUCAGUAUUGUUUCUAUUGUAUCUACCUUGAAUUUAAUAACCACUAGGAUCUUUAUUUUAUUUUUUUCAUUGUCAGUUUAUCGGUUGCAGUUUUUUUAAGACAUGGAGCACUCUGACUAGGCUUACUAGUCAUGACAUUGUAGCAAAGUGCAGAACUUGGAGAAAGUGAGAAAAUUCUAACUAGUUUGCAUGUCACUGAAGGCAACAGAUGUGGAGUUCAUCCAUUACAAUUCAAAAAGUAGUCAUUCAUGAACAAUGCGCCCUUUAAUAAAGCUGUAACAGGAUUGUCCUAUACCUUUAAGGCAACAUAUAUGAAAAACGGGUAAUUAAUCCACUGUACACAAAUAAAUUUGGAUUGUUUUUGA